AUGCGAUGCGCGAGCAAGGCCGCCGAGAGCGCGUCUGCACGUCUCUGUGCGGACGCCGAAGCAGAAACAACAGCAACUGAUGUCCCAUCGGUUGCUGAAGAGACCCAGCCUGUGUCACUUGGUGAUGCAGGCGCUGGUCAUGAAGACACUCGUGUCUUCACAGAGUACGAGCUCGGUGUCUCAUACUCUCCUGAUACGGAUGACGGAUCCGUAUCGACAGCGAUUGAAUCUAAGCCGCCUGCCAAGCGUGGCAUGGAUGAUGCUUUGCGUCGCAGCAUCUUUGGUUCAUCUGAUGAAUCAGAUGAGCCAUCGCCGAAGCGUAGGCGCUCGAGAUCGCAAGACUCGGGCGCUAAUAGUGGUGUCGGUUCUCCUAUGGACACCACUUCGCAACGAGGUACCAGUACUUCUGUCGGCACGUCGCAGGAAGAGCGGGACCGCAAUGUCUUGCGUCUUGAUCCAGAAAAGAAGGUAUAG